AUGGACAGAGUACGCUCUCUAAUUGGGAGCCACCGGGGGCGCGCACGCAAUCAUCGGCAUCCUUCAUAUUCCUCCAGUGGGACUCCAUCGACCAUGAAUCUCUUGGGAACUGAUGGUGAUGGGGACGACCAAUCUACGAUAUUUGCACAAGAAACGGACCAUGUAGGGACCCUUGCAAAUGAGGGCGAUGAUAGCGCGGAUGCGGCCACUUUGAAUACAACGUUGUCAGAAGGUUCAACUAUAGGAGACCUCCAACGGCAAGGUUUUGUUAAUAGAGCUCCCAGAUUCACGUCAGAAAGGAGUAUGCCCUUCAUUUCUAUCUUGUUGCAGCGAGGAUUUUUUGCAUUUCCCAGUGAGGCAUCUUAUCAAAUAUUUCUACACAACAAGAGAAAACUUGAUAAAAUUGAUCCAAAAACAGGCCUUGGACUUCCCUUAUUUCACGCGAUCUCUCUAAACCUGGUUAAGUCUCUCUUCAGUAGCCAAAAUACGCCGGUAAUGAGAAUCCAUAAGUUCGUUUUAAUAGACUCUCAAUGCGAGAAACCUCCACUCAAUUCCGAAUUGAUCUCUCAAAUAAAUGAAAAUGUGUCCAUAUACAAAUUUGAAUUCUGCACCAUUUUGAAGAAAAUGGAAAGCCAUAAUUUCUCCAGUAGGAUAGAACACGACUUCAUAUUUCACAGAAGCAACGAACCUGAUGUUCAUGUCCCUAUGAUUAAUUAUAAUCAGAGGAAAAAUGCAGAUACAACAGUUCAUGGAUUAAAUCUUCGAUGGUAUGGAACAACUAGUUUGGCCUCCCCAUUCGGCACGAACAGCGUCAAUCUGCUUGUACUUGACGACACAAUGGCAUCUUAUAUGGACCAACAGACUAUAGAGGAGUUUGACUCCUAUUGUCGUUCCCGUCCCACAAGGCCAUUGGGUUACCUUCCGGUUUGGGCUAGGUAUACGGAUGAUAAAGUUAGUGUUAUACCGAAAAAGAGAACUUUGAGAGUGGCCACCUUUUACAUGCAAGAAACCGAUUCAUUCGAUGAUGGCUCUAGUUCAACAACCAGCGCCCCGCAUGCUAGUUAUAGCGAAAUAAGCUCCAACAUCAUCGACAAGGUCUCCUGGGAUAGCCAGGUAUUGACCUGCAUGUGCAUGCUUUUGCAUGAAUACGAAUCAAGAAAGGAAAAGCGCCACACCGUAUGGGGUGGCUCGACCGCGUAUAUGUUAAAUGGACCGGCAGGACUACUCAUGUAA